AUGUUCGAAUGGGAACAAGAAUUAAUUGCAUAUAUACACCAACAUAAUGGUAUUUAUGGAAGAUAUAUUGAUGAUAUUUUUAUCGCUACGAAUCAAUCACUUGUCGAAGUACAGUUGGAAUUACAAAAAGCUCAAACAAAAGACAUUAAUAUUGAAAUAACACCAGUUAUUGCUACGUUAGUAAAUUUUCUCGAUGUUAUUGUUAUUAAUGAAAAUGGACAUUUAAGAACAUCAAUCUAUCAUAAACCAACAGCACCGCCCUAUAUUUUACCUUAUACAUCAGAUCAUCGACGUCAUAUUCACCGCAAUAUACCAUAUACAGCUUUAUUACGUGCAGCUCGUCUUUGUUCGAAUGUCGAAGACUUUGAUACCGAACGUAUUCGUAUUGAUAUGUCCCUAUUACUAAACCACUACCCACCAAGAUUUAUUAGUUAUCAUUUCAAUAAAUUUUUUGAAAACAAUAACGCUCUUCCUGUCUUACAACGACUAGACAAAAAUAUAUAUCGCCAAUUACAUCAUGAUCUACUUCAUAAAUGUACACGACGUGAAAAACAACUGAACAUGAAGACGAAAGAUCCCAUUCAGUUCCCUACAGUUCUACAAAAAAAACCAUGGAAUAAAUCCAUCAUGUAUCUACGAUAUAAAUAUGACAGCGGUUUAACUACUCACUUCCCAAAACAAUUCCAUGAAUGGUGGAAUAAACAUUUCAAAUACGGAGCGAAUGAUCUGAAUAAUGUCUUUAUUCGCAUGAUAGGGAACUCAAAUCGAACACUCGAACAAUGGUUUAUUCAUAAGAAACCAUCAAAAGAACUACUAACCAGAUUGGAUCCAAAACUGAAUUAA